AUGGGUAACCAAAAUAGUUGCUGUUGUUACCGAAGUCCUUCGCCGAUCAGGAAGGAUAUUGUUAAACUCGAAGACUAUCUGCCUGAAGGAGAAGUAAGCUCCAAUAAUAUUCAACAUAUUAGCGAACGAGAACCUGAUGAUGGUGAUAUUGAUCCCUCUCAGGACCCAAUUGCAGGAACAAUUUUUAUGGAAAGGUCUAAAGCAUCAAUUGAAAAUGGAAUAACACGAAAACGAAGUCAACAUCAAAUAGCUGAUAAUAAAUUGAAGAAAAGCAGUUCCUGUUCUACUAUAUACUUAGAUGAUAGUACUGUAUCCCAGCCUAAUUUAAAAAAUACAGUGAAAUGUGUUGCACUUGCAAUAUAUUAUCAUAUUAAAAACAGAACAUCAGAACGAAGGUUGGACAUAUUUGAUGAAAAACUUCAUCCAUUAAGUAAAGAAGGAAUCAGUGAUGAUUAUGAUAAAUACAACCCUGAACAUAAGCAAAUAUAUAAGUUUGUAAGAACAUUAUUUAAUGCUGCUCAGUUAACAGCAGAGUGUGCUAUUAUUACUUUAGUAUACUUGGAAAGGCUUCUUAUAUGUGCAGAACUUGAUAUAGCACCUUCUAAUUGGAAAAGAAUUGUUUUAGGUGCAAUUUUACUUGCAAGCAAAGUUUGGGAUGAUCAAGCAGUCUGGAAUGUUGAUUACUGCCAAAUAUUAAAGGAUAUUACUGUGGAAGAUAUGAAUGAAUUAGAAAGGCAAUUUUUAGAAAUGCUACAAUUCAACAUAAAUGUUCCAUCUAGUGUGUAUGCUAAAUAUUACUUUGAUUUACGUACAUUAGCUGAAGCUAAUGAUUUGGCUUUCCCCAGUGAGCCGUUGAGCAAGGAAAGAGCACAAAAAUUAGAGGCAAUGUCAAGAGUAAUGGAGGAUAAAAUAUCUGCAGAAGUUGUUAAGAAUGGUAUAAAGAAAUGGUCUAGCUUAGACAAUGUCAAUUCUGGUGCAGGAGUAAGGCGUAGUGUGGCCAUAUUAUCU